AUCAGGGGGGGGACCUUAUUUGGACUCUCCUCUUUUACUCCUCUUAUUCGUGUUCCGCCAGGUAUAGCUGCUGGUUUUUUGACUCCCGAGCUUUGUUUUUGCUCCCAUGAAAAUUGAGAAACAAAGAUUGCUUGAUUAAUUGGAGACUGUAGUUAAUAAUGUCCUCUGUAAGCAAGGCUGAUAGGAAGGCAGCACUUGAUGUGGCCUCAUGGUUCUUCAAUGUUGUCACAUCUGUGGGUAUAAUCAUGGUCAAUAAAGCCUUAAUGGCUACGUAUGGCUUCAGUUUUGCUACAACAUUAACUGGUUUGCAUUUUGCCACCACAACCUUGUUGACGGUUCUUCUUAGAUGGCUGGGUUACAUUAAGGGAUCGCAUCUGCCAUUACCCGAACUUCUCAAAUUUGUCUUGUUUGCAAACUUUUCUAUUGUUGGAAUGAAUGUGAGUUUGAUGUGGAAUUCUGUGGGCUUCUAUCAGAUAGCAAAGCUUAGCAUGAUUCCAGUAUCGUGCUUUUUGGAAGUUGUUUUUGACAAAGUCCGCUACUCAAGAGAUACAAAGCUUAGCAUACUGCUUGUUCUCUUUGGAGUUGCUGUCUGUACUGUUACAGAUGUGAGUGUCAAUUUCAAGGGUUUUUUAGCUGCUGUAAUAGCAGUCUGGAGCACAGCCCUCCAACAGUAUUACGUACAUUUUCUUCAACGUAAGCAUUCUUUAGGAUCUUUCGACUUGUUGGGACACACUGCUCCAGUUCAAGCUGCAAGCCUACUGUUAGUUGGCCCUUUUGUGGACUACUGGCUAACAGAGAAAAAGGUUUAUGCCUAUGACUUCAAUGUGAUAUCAGUGUUUUUCUUAAUCAUGUCAUGCUCCAUUGCGGUCGGGACAAACCUCAGCCAGUUCAUCUGCAUCGGCAGGUUUACAGCUGUAUCAUUCCAAGUGCUCGGCCAUAUGAAGACUAUUCUCGUCCUGAUGUUAGGGUUCAUUUUCUUCGGGAAAGAAGGUUUGAACCUACACGUAAUUCUGGGUAUGGUCAUCGCAGUUGCAGGAAUGGUCUGGUACGGUAAUGCCUCCUCCAAACCGGGAGGAAAAGAACGACUGGUUUAUUCAGCCCCGAGCAACAAAUCACAUAAACAGGAGUUAUCAGAUUCCACCGAGACAGAGGAGGUCUGAAAAUUCGUUUACGGGUUUAACAAAGUAAAAGGUAAGAAAAGAUACGUCCGGAGAGUGAAACGGAGCCAUUUUAUUUUAACCAAGUCGAGCAGAUUCCA